AUGCAACCCUUUUCGAACGAUUACGGUGGAGGGUACGGUGGAAAUGAGUACGGUCAGCAGCCCGAGCAGGAGAUUCCGAUGCGCCCGCAGGGUGUUGCCAGACCGAUGGUGGACCCGGAAGCCAUGGGUGAAGUGGACCCAACACUCUACCCUCAGGCGAAGGAGUCCACACACAAGAUCCGGGGUAAAUCGGAUAUCCUCGAGAUGCUAUUCGGUUCGGUCGAUCAGGAGCUGCUGCCGGUGAAAACGUUCUACUUCUUCUUCUACUCGGCCUUCGGGUCGCUGUUCCCACUGAUGGGUGUCUACUUCAAGCAGAUGGGCAUGAACCCGGGUCAGUGCGGUUUACUCAUCGGUACCAGACCGUUCGUAGAGUUUCUUUCGGCACCGUUCUGGGGCAGUUAUGCCGAUCGUUGUAAAAAGGGUAAAAUGCUCCUGAUAGCAUCGCUCGCUGCGUGGAUUAUCUUUACGCUUCCACUGGGAUUCAUCCAACCGCCAGCUACCAGCUGCAUUGAGCGCAAAAAUGCCACUGACUUUGAGCUACGGACUCCCCAAGUGCCCCGGAUCCUGAAGCGCUCCAUCGACGAGAGUAUGCUGGAGGAGAUCAGCUUCGGAAAGUACACUACCGACAACGAUAAUUCAUUCACAAGAGUGGAACGUGCGGCACGACCAGUUGCGGCGGCCGGUGUAUCACCGCUCGAUGUAAGCUACGCCAACAACUUCAACGAAAAGCUUCACCGAGAUUGGGUCUCACCGUUGUUUUCAUCGAUCGUCUAUAGAACUGCCGAUAUUCAAAAAGCCUUCUUCUUACUGCUGCUCCUGGUCAUCAUAGGCGAAUUCUUUAGUGCUCCGGCAAUAACACUCGCGGACUCGGCCGUCAUAACCAUCCUGGGCGAAGAUGCCGACCGUUACGGCCACCAGCGUAUGUUCGGUUCGCUGGGAUGGGGCUUGGCCAUGUUUUUCGUCGGUAUUGCACUGGAUCACUCGACGGCGUUCCCCGACCACCCGUGCGGUCCCGAAAAGCAGGAAAAGAACUACACCAUCUGUUUCGCCACCUUCUCCGUGCUGAUGGGGGCGGCACUGAUCUCGGCCACUCAGAUUACCUUCAAGUAUGACUACUCGCAGCAACAGGAACCGGUUCAGGUGGAGAAAGUCCCUCAGGAAAUGACGCACGAGGAGCAAAUGCAGGCACAGCUCGCACAGCAACUUCAGCUACCAUCUCUUGCAGCAAGUGGCACGGGAAUGGCCAGUGCAGCUCCACCACCAGCAGCUCUUGGAGCGCAGACGAAAAUGUUUGCACAAACUACACGCGAAAUGCCGGAAUGGGUAACGGUACUGCGGCAGUUUAAGGAUCUCAAGUGCGCCUCGUUCCUGUUCGUAGCCUGGUUCAUGGGUUUCGGCAUCGGGCUCAUCUUUACCUUCCUAUUCUGGCACCUGCAGGACUACGGAGGUUCACCUACCCUGUUCGGUGUGGCCUCGGUUAUCAACCACAUCUCAGAAAUCUUUGCCUACUUCUUCAGCUUCCGAUUGAUCACCCAAAUUGGCCACGUUAAGGUACUGUGCCUUGGAUUGGUUGGUAACAUUCUUCGGUUCCUGUACAUCUCUUAUCUGAAGAACCCCUGGUGGGUGUUGCCGUUUGAGUUCAUGCAAGGUAUUACGCACGCUGCAGUUUGGGCCGCCUGUUGUUCUUACAUUGCGCACAAUACACCACAACAUCUAAGAUCGUCCGCUCAGGGUGUACUUCAGGGACUUCAUCACGGUUUGGGUAGAGGCUGCGGUGCCGUUAUUGGUGGAAUGUUUGUCACGUACUUUGGCACUACGGCCACCUUCCGGGGAUACGGUAUUACCUGCAUUCUGGUGCUGGCAGCGUUCGUGUUCAUCAACUUCUACCGCAAGGACGAAGGCUUCAUCUCGGAGAUUCCCACCACGGAGGAUCCACAUCAAGUGGCAGAGGAGACAGCCCACUUGGCCCCGCACGGUGUCCCCAGUAAUCCGAUACCGCGUGCCCUAUCGAGCACCCGGCUGAAUGAAAUCGGCCAGCAGAAUGCCGACAAUGGGUACGGUACGUACCAGACUACCGGUGGUGCCCUGGACGUGCCUGGAGGAGCACCCAAAAACCCAUUCGGUGCUCCACAGGGUAAUGUGUACGGUGGAAAUCAGUACUAA